AAAGCUGUCAAUAAAGGCCGUUAUGGUCUAUGACUUAGUUGACAGUUAUUGUAUAUGGUAUUCUGUUCUUUAUAUUGUAGCCGUUGGAACCGAAGGAGGUGAAAACUAAGUUUAGAACCAUACCGGUUUCAAAUUCGGAUUGCAAAUAUGAAAAGACAACAUCCCAUCUUCAAAUUGUUAUUGUUAGUGUUAUUUGGAAUACAUUGUAGAGGUGCACAUUUAAAUAUGUUGAAUACAAGAAAAGGAUAUUAUCCAAGGCAAGGAGAGAUGGGAAGAGUAGUAUCAUCACCAAUGAUCAAUAGAAGACCAAGAAAAGUCAUGUCUAAAACAUUCCAAUCAAUCAUCAACAGCAAUCGCAAUCUGCCAUCAAAUAAUAACCAACCAAAAAAUAACUUUCCAAGCUCUUUUCCAUUAACAACCAAAAGCGGAAAUCCAACUCAAUAUAAUCAAUACAAUAACGUCUUUGCACCUCGUAUACCUUCCCAGAAUAUUGGAGGUGUUCCGAGAAUUGGAGGUGUAACAAAAAUAGGAGUACCAAAACACGGAGGUGUACCAAAUCUCGCAAGUGUGCCAGCAAUUGGAGGUGUACCACAAAUAGGAGGUAUACCUAAUUUAAACAAUUUAAACAGUGCAAAUAUUCGAGCGCAUCUUAUUAAAUUGAUAACGAAUAUGAGUCCGGAACAGUUGAGCUUAAAUGCACAAAGUCUUGGAAAUGUUAAUACUGCUCAACUUGUGAAUAAACAUACAAGACAAACUCCUGCAUCGCCUCAGACUGUCAAGAACACCAUUAAUAUUAAGGUAGUGAGGAAAAAGACCGUCCCACUACCAAGCAUGAUAAAUCCAAAUGUAAAUCGAAUGCACCGUCCGGAAGCUAAAAAAAUAAGAAAAAGGCCAAUUAUUACCAUGGUUCCGAAACGGAACAGAAUGCCUUUAGUACUCAAAUCGAUUGCUGAUAGAAAGCGACUUACAAUGAGUGAACGACUUAAGUCUAUUCCACCAUUAAGUUUAAGCGCUUUGAAAAAUAACGCAGGAGAGGUCGUGAAGGGGGAAGUUGCUUCGUCACAAAAGCAAAAUACAGCUACCACCGAUCCGACAAAGAAUAUAAAAGUUAUCGCUAAAAAUAAUACAGCGGAAGUUAAAAUUAUUAACGAAAAUCCCACAAGCUUAACUGGAAGUAGUAAGAAUGAUCCUAAUUUUAUCGUACUGAAAGAUAUAACAAUAACAAAUCAUACAACAACUGGAGAGAACGGGACCUUUAAUGGAACCAAAAUGAGUGUGACUCUUAUGUCGCAAGCGACAGGAGGACGUCCAAUCGUUAUUGAAGCAAGCAAUAACAUUGUAGUUUCACAAGAAAAAAUGCCGAACGGAACCGUACAAUUUAUUAUAAAAACUGAUACAAAGACAACCACGGUCCCACCGACUACGACAACGGAAGUCAGCACAAUGCUUCCGACGGAGGAACCACCCGAGCUUGACGAAAUUAUAACAACAGAAGCACCGUAAGACACGUCCGAGGAAAUAUUCCGAAUGAAUUAUCGUCUGAAUAACUCCGACGUUUGAGUCUGAAACUAUCAUUAUUGGGCAUUUGAUUGAUAUAAUAACGAAUGUUAAAAAAAGUGUCGGAGACGAUGCGACUCGGGAACAUUCAGGGUAAGACUGAAUGGAAGACGUCAGUGUUCCGGAAGUCAUGAUAAUAACGUACUGUGAACACCAUGCCGUUACUAUAGUAACCAUCUUAGCAGUUCCGGUUAUCACAAACACUUACCAGUGAUUCAAAUACCAAAUCUUACUGUCUCUUAUUUGUUAGUAUUAACGUUGUUUCGAAGCUGUGAUAAAAUUUUGUGGACGAUAUAGCCAUAAAUGGAAAGAUAUUUAUAUGUAUACCUUCGAAUGCAUGUUUUAUAUUUGACAUCGUUAAUGUGAAGAUGUCAAUAGUUAUAAUUUAGUACCAUGAGAUUCUAUGUUGUCAGAUGGUCGUUAAGUCAUUCAUAAAAUAUCACAUGUCAGUCAAAAGUUAUCUGUAUAUCUGUGACUAGGCAUAUUUUCAAUAAUUUUUUUGUUGAAUGAGGCAAAUUUUGGUGCCGUUUUAAUAUGUUAUCGUUUAUCGUUAAAUGAGUGGAUUUGUAAAGGGAGCUAUACCAUUUGAAUUUUAUAGGGAGCUAGAAUGAACCAUUUUGUUCAGUUUUCUUUUUUGUUGUUGUUGUAAUCUCUGUCCUUUUUCAUUUUUCACUCUUUUCGGUCCUACCAUUUUUUUCUAAUUAGUUUAUCCUGAUUUUUUACUUCAAUUGUCAUCAUCCUGACAUGUUUUUUUUGCCAAGUGUCUCAUCCUACCUUCUUUUUUUUUUAACUCAAAACCCCUGUUAUGCAUUUAUUCAAUUUCACCCUAAACUCCGCCCAUAAACAUCAAAUGGUGGCUCCCUUAAUAAAUUUGAAUGUCAGUCUUUCAUUCAUUGGUCAAUUACUUUUUAAAGUUUUGUACUAACACUAUGAAGUGAACAUUCAGUGUCUGUUAAUUAAGGAUGUUCGCUGCUCAUUUUCAAAAUAAAUAACUUUUCAUAAAACUAGUGUGUAUUGAUAGGGAAUACAUUAAGGAAUCAAAAUAGCAAAAAAAAUAUAGGGGUACAUGCGCUUGUUUUCGAGAUAUUAGCCAUUGGAAUUUUAGCGGGAAAAUGUUCUCUCUUGAUUUUUCAUAGCUUUAUCAUUGACCAGUUCAAGUGCUCAAAUACUAUUAAAAAAUAAAUAAAAUUUUAUAAGACUUUCACAAAUGACUUAUUAUUAUACAUGUAAAAGAUUUAUAAAAAGAAAAAUGGGGGUCCAUGGGGAAUUUUUUUAAGGCAUUAAAAUGGAUAAAACCAGAGGAUUCCGAAAAUCUGACAAAAAAAUACAAAUCAUGACAAGCAGACAUCCUUAAUAAGAGUUGAAGGGGUUCCUUCCUUUCUGUAUAGUCUUUAAUUUUUCAUGUAGUUUUCUCUAUUCCUUUUAUAUUAGCACUUCAUAUUUGACAUGUUCGGGCCAAUUUUCUCUAUUUAUAUAGAGAUGGAGACACAUAGAAAAUGUCUUUCGUUUGAAAUAAUUUCCGUUGAUUUAUUGUUUAGUUUGUCGUGCUUAUGUAUUUGUUUGAAAAAUCAUAUUCAUCUUAAAGGAAGAGAAUUUUACUACAUAGUUUUUGAUAGAUAAAUAGCAUUGUGCUAUGUGUUCAUCCGCAAAAGCUAAGUCAACGUUGCAUUAUAAUUUUAGUUCGUGUUAUAUUUUUUUUUUAGUUUUUUACUUCCAUUUUGUUCCCCAUUAUUACUUUUUGGAAAUCAUUUUUUUUUUAAACUUUCCCAGUUGCGGAUUUAGGGGUAGCGAGGCGGUUUUGAUGAUUAUUUAAGGAAUCACUGCAGUGAAUGGGGUCUCUCUUAUGUCAGUCAGUGCAACCCCUCCCCUCUGAUGAACAUUGCUUGACCCUCCACUGUUUUCCAAUCAUUAGUAUUUCACAUGCGUUUAUACAUGACCUCAAUUUUGAUAUUUCGGAGGCCGUGUAUGCUUAACCAUGCAUGUAAAUGAUGCAAUGUGUGCAAGAACCUUUCUUCAGGAAAUGAUCCUUGUUUUACCAAUCCCUGACAGCAGCAAGCCAAUGAAGUAAAAGUGUAAUAGUAGGGUUAUUGAUUUCAAAUAUGAGAAAUCAUUAUCAAAGUUAAUGAAUAAACAGCAAACGAGAAAUUUUCAUUGAAUGCCUUAUUUUAAAAUGUUUGUUGAUUUAGGGUCACAUAUUGGUAAAAUUGAAUUCCUUUUAUAUUCCAUAUCAUUGCGAGUAAUUAAGACUUGGUUUUUGGUUUUAAUUCUAAAAUGAUAA